AUGUCGAACAAAGUUGAAACUCUGACAGAGGGGGCACGUUCCCUUAUCCAACGAGCGUUCAAAAUCCACCACCCUGUGUACGGCUUUAGCACGACGAGCACCCAAAUUUACGAUACUGCGUGGGUUGCUAUGAUUUCGAAAGCUGUGGAUGGUGAAAAACAAUGGCUCUUUCCAGAGAGCUUCCAGUAUCUUCUGAAAUGGCAAGCUGAUGACGGGAGCUGGGGUAGGCACCCGAAAACCAAGACUGUUGGCAUUCUUGACACUGCCGCUGCGCUACUUGCUCUCUUUCGCCAUCUCAAAGAGCCUUUGCAAUUGCACGAUGAGUCGCCUGAAGAUAUUCGACUACGCAUCGCCCGAGCGGUACAAUCGCUGCGGAUACAACUUGCGGCUUGGGACGAUAUUUUGACGACGAACCAUAUCGGUGUUGAGAUCAUUGCCCCAGCCUUGCUCAUCUACCUCGAAUCUGAGGAUAGCAAUCUGGUUUUCGAAUUUCAGGGAAAGCAGAUGCUCAUGGAUAUGAACAAAGCCAAACUUGCUCGCUUCGAUCCCGAGUCACUCUACCGCACACGUCCGUCGUCUACCGUUCACAGUUUGGAGGCCUUCAUUUCCAAAGUAGACUUCGACAAGAUUGGUCACCACCUUUUUAGAGGCUCUAUGUUGGCAUCUCCUUCUUCUACUGCAGCUUACCUGAUGCAUGCUUCUGUAUGGGAUGAUGAAGCUGAAGCGUAUCUUGACCAUGUAGUCAAUUUAGGGUCCGGCAACGGCCACGGCGGUAUACCUGGUACACAUUCGACAGCAUAUUUCGAAUUCAACUGGAUCAUUGCUACCCUGCUGCGCGGUGCCUUUCGUCGAGCAGACAUCGAAUGCAGUGAGCUCUUUGGAAUUGGAAAGAUAAUUCUUGAGGGCUUCGAAGCAGACCAAGGAGUUAUCGGUUUUGCUCCUCGUGCGGUGGAUGUCGAUGACACUGCAAAGGGCUUGUUGACAUUAAGCCUACUUGAUAUGGAUGAAGGCGUGAGCCCUGCUCCCAUGGUUGCAAUCUUCGAAGCUGAAAAUCAUUUCCGAACGUUUGGUGCCGAACGAGAUCCAAGCUUCACCUCCAAUUGCCACGUAUUGCUUGCUCUUUUGCAACGAGCGGACAGAGACCAAUUUCUACCCCAAAUCAAGAAGGUCGUUAGCUUCUUGUGCCAGUCUUGGUGGGACUGUGAUGGCUUGAUCAAGGAUAAGUGGCAUCUGAGCCACCUCUAUCCAACAAUGCUACUAGUGCAGGGAUUUAUUGAUCUCAUCUGGCAUACUGAGCAUGGGGCUUUCAGUGACGUGUUUCACCCGGAGCUGCUCUCGAGAGUGUCGAUUUGUAUCUUCCAAGCUUGCCUUCGCACCAUAUUGGGACAGAACCUUGAUGGUUCCUGGAACGGCCAACCAGAGGAGACUUCAUACGCUAUCUUGACUCUGGGUGAAGCAGCGAGGCUCUUACUUUUCAAAGAUCUGCAAUCGGUACUGACAUCUGCUAUUCGCCGAGGUAGCACCUUCUUGCAAUCCAAUCACUGGACGUCGCCUGACCAAAAUUGGACUUCAAAAACUGCCUACCGAGCCACAUUUGUAGCAGAGGCGUACUGGCUCGCAGCUGUCAAAGUUGGCUUGGAUCCUAUUGGUGAAACCGCGUUAAGCGUUGGACACAGCCUUGAAUCACCCCAACUUUCGAAACGUAUGAACGGCUAUCUCAACACCGUCAGCCAGACAAAACUCUUCUCAUCGAUGCCCUUCUGGGAGCUUCGAGCGUCAUUCGUCGAAUCUAUGUUAUUCGCCCCGCUCUUACGUGCAGAGCGACUCAAAGUGUACGAUCGUGAUCACAUGGGCAUCAGCAGGGACAGCUACCUCGACAUUAUACCUUUCACAUGGAUCGGUUGUAACAAUCGCUCGCGUACAUACGUGGCCACGUCCCUAUUGUUUGACAUGAUGAUCCUGUCGAUGCUUGGCUAUCAAACGGACGAGUUCAUCGAGGCGAUUGCAGCUCCGGCAUUUGCCCACGAUACUGUACAGCUGCACGAGCUGAUCGACGACAUUAUCGAUAGAAAUGUUGUUACACACAUACAUUUUACCCAUAGUCCCAUCCGAAAUGACAUAUCUAAGGAUCGCGAUAUUGUCAAGGUCUCGCUGCAAAGGUUCGUCAACCAUGUGCUUGAACACAAGCAGAUCCGGAAAGCGAGCCCGGAGGACCAGGCCACAUUACGGCACGAACUUAGGGCAUUUCUGCACGCUCAUACCACACAGAUCGAAUCCAACGCAGGGAUUAUGCGUCCGGGCCGGUCGUCCGAUGGCCUGAGCUGGCACGAUUCGGGCCGUCCCUUCUUCGAUUGGGUACGGACCACUGCAGCGGAUCAUGUUGCCUGCGCGUAUUCGUUCGCCUUUAAUCAUUGUCUCCUAUCUGCACUGAUUGGGGAUGGGAAGAACGUAUUUCCUACAGUAAAAGAGAAUUACCUUGUUCGGGCCGUUGCACGACACAUGGCGACCAUGUGUCGUCUGUGCAACGACUUCGGUUCUGUCGACCGCGACCUGUUAGAAGGCAACCUGAAUUCAGUGGACUUUCCUGAGUUUGUGAACGUUCCUUCCGUGUUGGAGAAAAAGCGAAUCCUAGCCGAAUUAGCUGAGUACGAGCGACGUUGUCUGUUUCACACUCUGCAAGAAUUGGAGCUAGCGGCCACGCAAUCCGCAAAACAAGCCAAUUCAAUUGGCCAGUUUAACAAAAGGAAGGUGAAGGUUGUGCGAUAUUUCGCCGAUGUGACGGACUUUUAUGAUCAGCUCUAUCUUGUGCGCGAUUUGUCUAGCACUGUGCGGCAAGAUCAAACGCCGGAGGGAGAUAUGGAAUGA